GUUGAUAACACAUCAUCUUUGAAGGUGAAAAGAUGUGCAUGGAAAUUAUUAUCUAGGCUAAGGUGUUGCCUAACCUAACCCUAGUUAAUUAAUUCAGUAUGGUCUCUCUUUUCUGGAAAUUUUAACGGGUCUAAAAGUUGGGUUGUUAAAAUUUCCCAUCAGUCUUUGGUUAGGUUAUGGUGUUUCCACAGUAAAUGGCACAAACAUUUUGCGCUUCCCAUGUCCAGUAGCACAUCACCCUCAAACUCAGUUAAUAAUUUUGUCCACACCAUUGUACGUUCAAGAUUUUUCCCUGAGGAUAACUAUACUACCCACGAAAGACUUCACCGGAAAAAACAAAAAUGAGAGAAAAGAAAAAAAAACAGAGACAGCCAAAAACCCAUCUUUCAGCUGUCUCCAACACAAACAAUCCCCCACUCAUUAGUGCUUUUGUGUCUAUACCAGAUGAUACCAUCUAUCACUGUAAAGUUCACUCCCCUUGAUCUUCUUUUUUAGAACACAGAUGGAUCUGCAGUUGCACUGAGAGAGUGAGUCUGAAAAGCGGAAGUCAUGAGAAGUUUAAUGAGUAUGAAGAAGCUCUCUUAAUUUGACCUGUUUGAAAUUAGGAUAAUUUCUUUCCGGUGUUCAAAAAGAAGACGAGGCUCUCUUAACAAAGAUAUCAUGUUUUCAUCUUCCAGUUGUAAUAGCAAUACUGUAAGUCCCCAACCUAACUUUCCCUUUUCUUCUACAAAUUACCAUCCUCAUCCUCCGCCUCCUCCUCCUCCUCCUUGUGUUAACCUAGUAACCUGCACUGGAGACAUUUUGUUUCACCACAUUCAUGAUUCCCUCUCUGGUCAAUUUUCACACCAAAAUAUUUCUUUAAUGGCACCCUCUGCUCAUCAAACCCUAACCCAUUUGGGAGUUUCAUCAAACACUGUUCCUCCUAGUAUAAAUGCCCCCGUAUCAUCAUCUUGUGGAGAUCUUCAUCAUCAUCAGUACAGUAACUAUGUUCUUCAUUCCUCUAGGCAAGAUGUAGUAGUAGCACCGGCGAAGAAAGACCAGCACAGCAAGAUCUUCACCGCUCAGGGCUUGAGGGACCGGAGGGUAAGGCUGUCCAUCGACGUUUCCCGUCAGUUCUUUGACCUCCAAGACCGGCUAGGGUUUGACACGGCAAGUAAAACCCUAGAGUGGCUACUAAACAAGUCCAGAAAGGCCAUCAGGGAUCUCAGAACACGGAAGAAUAACUUGAGCUGCAGUUCUGAGCGGUCCAAGAGUUUGUCUUCCACUUCCGAGUGCAAGGACGUUGUUUCGGACAUAAACGAGGUGGAUAAUCAUGUAGUCAGCAAAGAAAAAGAGAUGGUGAUGAUGAAGUUGAAAGAAUCUGAAUCUGCCGGAGCUUAUGUUGCGAAGGAAUCGAGGGCAAAGGCAAAAGCAAGGGCAAGGGAAAGGGCAAGAGCGAAAAAGGUGUGCAUUACUAGUAGGAGGCCUCAGCAGAUCUUGAACCAAAUGAACUUAUUCAAUGAGCAGCUUAAUGAUCAUGAAACAAACAUCUCAUCCUCAUCGAAGGUUAAUUUUGGAGAUCAUCAUGUGAAUCAAGAACUGGGAUCCCUCUUGGAUAAUCAAGCCCAUCAUCAUCAUUUUCAGGAGGAGGAUCAAUCUGCUUUGAUCAAAAGAAACAAAAUGAAGUUAAUUUCAUCGGUAGUUUCAAAUUAUAAUACUACCGAUCAGAGUUCCAGCAACAGCUACCUCCAAUUUACCAAUUCAUCUCAAUAUUGGGACAUCAAUGGCGCGUUCCCCAUGCCCUAGCGUUAAUUGUGCCACUGCCACCAUAAAUUUUAAUUUCCACUGGAACUGAAAUCUUGGGAGGGUUAAUUGCGGAAUUAACCGGCAAAGACAUCUAUUAUCUUCCAAUUUAUUAACUUUGAUCGAAGAAGUAAGCUAUAUUUUUGUUCAUGUAUUUCUUUGAAUGCUCAUUAUAUGUUCCACUGUUCUACAGCUCCCCAAGAGUUACAAAAUAUGAUCCCAUUGGAGAUGGUUUUCCUUAGCAACACAUAACCAGCCAGUACUUGAUCAGAAUUUUAUAUAGAGACCCCUACAAGUAUGCAUUUCUUUAUGUUAAAACCACAUCCCUUAUGAAAACAUCAAAUGACAUUGAUGAGGUAUUUGUUAGUUGUAAUGCCUUUUUUUGUUUAAUAGUUUAGCUUAUGUUGUAAACAUUUCUAUUUGAAUUUAAUAUAAGGUACCAUUUAAGCAGGUAUAAAUAUGCUAUAAUUAAACAAUCAAAACACACCACAUAGGUGUAUAUUCCUGCUCUAACAAUUAGUAUCUGAUUUAACUUAGUGAUAUCAUCAAAGAAAAGGAUCAGUGCCAGAAGAUACUUGAUGAACAGGGUUUAUGCUUGCAGUAGUGAGACUAUCCAAGACAAAUAGUUGUUCCCUGUUUGAUAAAAUUAAUCACCUGAUUGAUAAGUUUAGGGAAUACUGAUCAACGUAAAAGACGUUGAGGAUGCUAGAAAAGGAUGUGAAAUUUCUAUUCCCCUUUGUUUCAAUUUCUUAAUGAUUGGAAAUGUUGCUUGUUUAAUUUCUUGUUAUGCUAAAGGCUCCUUGGAAAUAUUUAAGCGACUUUGUUAAUAUUACUGUUAAAAAAAAUAUAGCGAUAGAAGGAUUUAAGGUUGUUAUACAUACAUAUAAUAGCAAUCUCAUAAAAGUAAGCUAGAUCGCCAUAGAAAUAGUUAAUGCUUGCUGCUAGGU